AUGGAGAACUCCAGCCUGUUGGGCGGCGACGCACAAAAAGCGGGCUUGAUAGGCGUCCUUAGGUCGGACACUUUGAAGGAAGUUGUGGGUUCUCCGGAGGAUUUCGCCAUGGCCGGAUUAGGAGUGGCCGGUGGUGCCUUCUUUCUUGAAGGCAGCCCUUUCAGGACUGCCGCGGGAGCGGAGUUUAUGGCCGCUCCGCCGACGGAGCCCGCUCACCUGAUGCCUGCCUUUUGGGACUCACCGCUCAGUCACGGAAUCAAUGUAUUUGUGGGACUUGUCCUUUGCUUCACCAUGCUGGGGCUGGGCUGCACGGUGGAGGUCAGCCAGCUCGGAGAACACAUCCGCAGACCCAUCGGGGUGCUGCUGGCACUGGUGUGUCAGUUCGUUAUCAUGCCCUUGGUGGCCUUUCUGCUGGCUUUAGCCUUCUCUCUGGAGGAUGUGCCCGCGAUGGCUGUUCUCCUCUGCGGCUGCUGUCCGGGAGGAAACUUAUCAAACAUCAUGUCUCUGCUGGUGCACGGAGAGAUGAAUCUAAGCAUCAUCAUGACCAUAUCGUCCACUCUCCUAGCGCUCGUGCUGAUGCCGCUGUGUCUGUGGAUCUACAGCCGGGCCUGGAUCAACACGCCCGUGGUCAACCUCAUGCCCUUCGGGGCCAUCAUCCUGACCCUGUGCAGCACUCUCAUCCCCAUUGGUUUAGGAGUUAUGCUGAGGUACCGCUACACGCGGGUGGCCGACAUUGUUUUAAAGGCUUCCCUGUGGUCCCUGCUCGUCACCCUUAUAAUGCUCUUCAUCCUGACUGGAGCGAUGCUGGGGCCAGAGCUGCUGUCCACCAUCCCGCCCUCUGUCUAUGUGGUGGCCGUCCUGAUGCCUCUGUGCGGCUACGCUGCAGGUUACGGCCUGGCCGUGCUCUUUGACCUGCCACCCAACAGCCGGAGGUCAGUCUCGCUGGAGACCGGGUGCCAGAACGUGCAGCUGUGCACUGCCAUCCUGAAGCUGGCCUUCCCCCCUCAGCUGAUUGGGGGGAUGUACAUGUUCCCUCUCCUGUACGCCUUGUUCCAAGCAGCCGAGGCCGGCAUCUUCAUCCUGGCCUACAGGAUGUACAGGAAGCAGGUCCUACACAAACCAGAGCGAGCGGGGCACGGCGAGGACACGGAUGUAACAUAUCAAAGGUUUCAUGACGACGAGGACUUUGACUCAUCUUAUGGUGCUGUGACAGUGAGUGACCCAAACACCAUCAUGUUGGACCCCUGUCCUCCUGAUCCAACCCCUGUUUAA